CACAACACAACAACUCCCAUAAACUAAGAAAAACCAUGAAAAACCUCUACAACAAGAAAGGCAAAGUUCACCCAUCUCCACCACCACUCUCCGAUCACUACUUAUCCCUUCUUCCUACAACUAUUCUCACUUUCUCCGCCGCUCUCUCCGACGAAGACAAGCUAGUUCUCGCCUACCUCAUCUCCUGCUCAUGCACCUCCGCCGCCACCACAGUUGAUCGCCGCCGUCGACCAAAAACCACUGAAACUAACGAUGAUCAUGAUCCUAUGUUUGAGUGUAACUGUUUCAGCUGUUACAUGAGUUUCUGGGUACGUUGGGAUGCAUCGCCUAAUCGCGAAACAAUUCAUGAGAUCAUUGAAGCUUACGAAGAUAGCUUGUUUAACAAGAAAAACAAGGGUUUGAGAAAGAAGAAGGGAAAAAAAGGUAAGCGUGUUUUGCAUGAAUUUAAUGAUACGAGGAGUAGUUUACAGACAGAUUUUGAGGUUUCCAAGGUAUCGGAAUCGGAAUCGGAAAUGAAUUCGAGUAAUCAGAGUAAGGAGAUAGCUGAAGUGGAAUUGGAGAAGAGUACUGUGAGGAAGAUUACUAGCUUUCUUGGAGAGAAAGUUUGGGGAAUUUGGAGUAGGGAUUAGUUAAUUAAUUAUAUGCUUAAUUUGUUAAUCAGUUAAUUAGUUUAUUUUUGCUCCUUUCUUGUACCAUAAGACUGAUGCGAGUGGAGUUUAAUUAAUUUCUUUGUCAUUUUA